GGUUUUGAAUGCUUUGGCAGGGCUAUUAGCUAGCGGAGGUUUUGAUGGUUCCGUAUAAGUAUUGGACUGAAAAAAAUUUGGGUUUUUCGAUGUGAGGCUUGAUGGGUUUUCUGUUUCUGCUUUUGCACCUGCCUGUCUCCUAGUUCUCUAUUUAUUGGUGUUGCUACAGCUCAUGGGCGUUGAUUGACUUCUUAUUCAUAUGGAUCGGGAGAAGCUUAUGAAGAUGGCCAGUGCAGUACGAACCGGUGGUAAGGGUAGCAUGCGAAGAAAGAAGAAGGCAGUUCAUAAGACUACAACAACAGAUGACAAAAGGCUCCAGAGCACCCUAAAGAGAAUAGGGGUAAAUGCCAUCCCUGCCAUUGAGGAAGUCAACAUAUUCAAGGAUGACAUUGUCAUCCAAUUUCUAAACCCCAAAGUUCAAGCAUCGAUUGCUGCCAACACUUGGGUUGUUAGCGGUUCUCCUCAAACAAAAAAGUUGCAGGAUCUUCUCCCCGGAAUCAUCAACCAAUUGGGGCCAGAUAACUUGGACAAUCUGAGAAGGCUGGCAGAGCAGUUCCAGAAGCAAGCACCAGGGGCAGGUGCAAUCCAAGAGGAGGAUGAUGAUGAUGAAGUCCCAGAGCUUGUGGCCGGGGAGACAUUUGAAGCUGCUGCCAACGACGGUCAAACAUCCUAGAGAUUCUGAACAAUUUCCUCUAUUUUUUUCCUUGGUUUUUUUGGCCUCCCUUUCCCCAAGUAUUAGGUUUCUCCCUUCUUUUCUUUUUUGGGUUAAAUUACUGAUCUAUUUAAUCUUUUUGGACCUACUUGUGAUAUACAAAAAAUCAGUUAUUUUGGUUUUGACA